CAGGGUGUACCCCACCUUUCACGGCAGUGGCGUGCACAGGUAGACACUAGGUGGUGCUAUAGCACUUUCCCUUUGCCCUCUGGACCAAGCAAGUGCCUUUUAACUGUGUAUGUGGCCCAUGCUGACAUGACCAUCUAUAAAUACUCGACGAUUAAAAGCAGGUGAUAAUAUUGACCCAAUUAAUAUUAUUUUUUAAUUAAUACUCCCGGUAGAAUGUCAGUAGAGUUUGUCAUUGGUACAGCAUGUGAAUUUAUCAGUAUACUUAGGCUGAAUAUUUAGUAUCGUGUAGGUUUACAUUAGGCUACAUAAUUAACACUUGCAGUAACUGAUUUGCUAAAUGAAAAACAGAAAUUGCCUGCAGAAAAAGUAGCCUUUUGCCUUGUUGUAAUGUAACCAAGCAGUCUUAUUCAUACUGUUGGUCUCUUUUUAUUUAACAACUGCUGCAUAAUGCCUUGAAAGGAGAGAAUAAGAAAGGGAAAAGAAAGGGAGCUACAGCAGGCAGCCCAGGGGAGCAGCUCGAAUCUCUCCUGGAUAAGAGCAUCCAUCAGCAGCAAGGAGGAAGAUGAAGAUGAAGAUGAAAGGUACGCAGAUCAGCUGCUUCGCUCCCACUAACUUCUCGUGGAGGCAGGCUGCGUAUGUGGACUCGUUUUGCUGGGCUGCGGUGCAGCAACAGGCCAACAGUUCCCCACUAUGGCUGCACAAGUUCUUUCCAUACAUCCUGCUCUUACUGGCCAUCCUCAUGUACAUCCCAGCGCUGUUCUGGCGUUUCACUGCGGCUCCGCACCUCUCCUCUGACCUCAACUUUAUCAUGGAGGAGCUGGACCGCUUUUAUAAUCGCUCCAUCAAGCUGGCGAAGAACCUGGCGUCCAGCAAAGAUGCACCCGAGGACACGCAGAGCGCUUUGGACCUGACUGAGAGCUGCUUCAAAUACCCUUUGGUGGAGCAAUAUCUGAAGACCAAGCGUUUUUUCCGCUGCCUUGUGGUGAAGUACCUGGUGUGCCGAGGCCUGACCCUGCUGACCCUCCUGCUGGCCUGCAUCUACCUCGGCUAUUACAUCCAACUGGCCUCCUUCACAGACGAGUUUCCCUGCAACCUGCGGACGGGAGUGCUGAAGAACGACAGCGCGGUGCCGUCUGCCGUCCAGUGCAAGCUGGUGGCAGUGGGUGUCUUCAGGCUGCUCAGCUACAUCAACCUGGUGGUGUAUGUGCUUCUCGCUCCGCUGGUGGUGUAUGCCGCUCUUGGACCGUCACGUCAGAGCACGUGCUUCCUGCGGCCGUAUGAGAUACUGCCAGGGUUCGGUUCUUUAGGCGUGGUCACGCCGUUCUACAACGACCUCAGCAUCUAUCUGCUGUUCCUGCGGGAGAACCUGAGUGAACUCAAAUCUUUCAAGUGUCUGCAGGUGCUCGAGCUACUGCAAGAGGCAGGCGAUGAAGGCCUUGACACCAUGUGCCUGCUGCAGUCCCUGGGUCAGGUGAAGACCGAUGUCAUAGACUGUAAGAUGGCGUGCACACGCAAGGACAAGAAAAACACUGACAAGCCUGAGUAAGACCUCUCCGCCUUGUCACUAAAUAACUGACUUGAUGAGGAUCGAGCCUGAUGUCGGGGCCAUAACGAUGUUAGUUUUAUCUCAUUUGCUGAUAGUGUAGUUAUACCAAAGUAUAACUCAAAUGGUUUACACUCAUUCACACAUUCCGUGGUGUUUGACCAAAAAACAUUUACCUCCUACAGUAGAUGUCAUAUUUUUAUAACCUCCUCUAUGGAAGUUAUGUUUCAGAGCAGCACUGCCUCUAAGCAGAAUUAUGCAAGCCCUAUGCUUCAUUCCUUUUUUUUGAAACUUGAUGGGAGGUUAGGGUUUUGGGCUCAAGAAGAAGUCAAAUUUUCUCCAAUUAAGGGUUGGAUUCAAGAUUUUUCUUCAUUUUCUUCAUUGCUGCAAGGUAGCUUUUAUGAAUUUCUCAAUAACUUAGAUGUAGGUCUGAGGUGCGGCUUUCUCUGAAAUGCAGUUCUUAUGUUUUCAUACGUUUUUCUCUAAUGUAAAUGUAACUUUUCUCAGGAUCUGAAAUCUGAAAUGCCUUCUCAUCAUUAUUUACUGUAUAAACCACGUUCGUUUGUAAUAACACUAGCUGAUCAGAUGCAAGAGCCUUCCUCUGCUGAACUCUGGGCCUACUUCUGUUUACACUUUACGUAUGGGAUAAGAUGUAGUGAUUGGUCUGGACUGUGAAGCUGUGAAGCAUGUGAUUAUUUAUCUGUAAAUGUAAUGUAAACAACAGCAGUAUAUACUGUGCAUAUUGAAAGGACAGCAAGACCCUGGCUUGUCCAAACUGAGAGAAUCUCUACAUUGUACAUGAAACUUGAAUCAGUAGCCUUCCAGGCCCAGUACAAAUAAAGAAUGUUUUUUUUUCUCA